GGCGUGGGCACGGCCGGCGCGUGCAGGGCGCGACCUGGGCGCACGGUGACCCGUUCCUCCCCGCGGUGGCCGUGGGUCCCGUGAAGGGAGGGACUCGGGCAUCGCCCGCCCGCCGCAUUUCCCGCCGGUGCUCACGGUGCGCGCACGCUCCGAUCCUCUGUGGCGCGACUCGCUCACCUCCGGUCACUUCAGCACCUGUCCGGCUAGUUGGGGUCUGAGCGCCGCCCCGACCCUUCCCCGUCACUCUGGGACUCUUACCCAGGAUGGACAGAACCGCGUGGACUCGGCGCUGGCGGCCGGGCACGGUGCCCCGGCAGCACCACCCGUGCGCACGUGCUCCGCCUGCGGGGCAGCGGGGGAUCCCCGGUCCACCCACGCGACCCGGAGGGCCCUUGGCGCGCUUCCCAGUCCCUGCCGGGCCCAUUGUUCGUCUCCUGCCCCAGAGCUCAGAGGUGCUGAUGGCCAUCUUUUUUGGAGGAGCGGUUGCAGCAGGGAGUGCUGGAGAUUGUCUGGGAACCCGAGCCUUGUGCUUGCGGUCCUUUCCUGAGUGGACCUGCCCUACAUCUGCAGGAGGAAGCUAUCCUCCAGGGUCCUGUUUACUUUCCGCGAGUGAAACGCUUGUUCUGGAGAGUCCAGGGUUGUGGCCCAGACACACGCGGCAUGUUCGGGGCGCCCAGCCCCAGCCCCACUGGUCUGAGCACAGGUUAGGAUCUGAGACAGCUCAGAAGUCCAGAGCAUCUAGAAGAAGCUGGUUCCCAUGCUGCGCAGAGUGCGGGUAGGGUACAGUUUUUGGAACAGGGUCCCCUGCUGAGACCCUCUCCAUAAGGGAGACUGGAGGGCCCUCCUGCAGUCCAGACUGAAUGAGCAGAACCAGGACUUUCUGGCCUGGGGGAACUGCCUUACUCUGCAGGUGUGGGAGCCCAGUGCCCAGGCCUGAAGGACCCCAGAUGGUGUCUCCCCCUGCUGUCUCCCACCAUACUGCAUUGCUCUGUCUUUGAAUCCUUUCGAGUUGGUGCUACUCAUUCCUUUCUUACCGAGGGGGCUUUAGUGGAUGUCAGCAACUCUGGAUAUUUUAGUCACUUGUGCUGGGCAGUGAUGAUCAGCCAGUUUUCAACUUGUGGGUUCGGUGUCUACAGUAGUGACGGCCAGAAGCUGCAAUUUGACUCUUUGGAACAGGGAACUGUGUCAAGCGAUUUGUGGGGGUCUUUCUUUUUCACUAAGAAUGUAAUGAACCUCCCUCGUUAACCUGGGGGAGCAGUAGCCGGUUUAAAGCACAAAACAAGGCAGGUGGAUUUUGCUUUUUUUUGGUUUUGUGUCUCUAGACUGGGUCCUGGAGGUACAGAAUCCCCCCCCCCCCCAGGACGGGUGGUCGGGGGGGGUAUCCCUGUGGGGGCUGUUAGAACCUUCUCUUGGGGGCACUUGCUGGGGUCCUCGGUCCCCUCCCACGACUCUCCUGGUUGGUCGGUGUUUCCUUCGGUUGCCCUGAAGGGGCCUGAAGUUGCAUGGCAUUGGGCUGGGGUCAGGGCACUUGCGGUCCAGGCCCGUCCUGCUGGCCACUUGCCCUGAGCUCAGUGCCUCAUCUGCCUUCUGGGCUGUGCUGCACCUGUGCCCGUGUGGUGGCACCCCUCCUCACCUUCCUGGAGCGUGAGCCUGGGAAGGGCCUGCGUGUUUUCAAGAGAGGACUUUGAGUCCUGGCCGUGGCAGCUGGCCACUCGUCAGGGCUGGUGUCUACACCCAGCCCAGGUGAGUUGAGUGAACUCACCCGAAGCAGACGAAGUCCACCUGAACGUGGGCAGGGCCCCAGCCUCGCUGGCUGAGCCCCCUGGCUUCUGAGUUGGCCUUUUUCUCUGAUGCUCAGUCGCGGGCACGGGCUGCCUUUCCUCCUGGAGAGGCCGCGAGACAGGGCUUGUCAACACGCACUGGUCCUGUAGUGGUCAACACCUUUUCCCCAGUGGCCAGUGUUAAAAAUGGAUUUCAAAUUAGACUCCGGAGGUUUGGCUCCUGUUUCUGUGUGGCAGGCCGUGCUCCAGGGAGGGGACCAAGCUCCUCCCCUUGAGCCUGUCCUGCCUGGCUCAAUUCAGAGUUCCCUGGAUUCUGAAUUGCCCAGCCUGUACAUGCCCAGCCUGUUGAGAAGUUGCUCAAAGUGUGGGAGAAGCACAUUCCAAAGUGGACACAAGCCUGAUGACCCCAGGGUGUCUCCGUGCAGAUAAGCAUCGCCAGCGACCACUUCACAUGGCAGGUCGUGCCGCGGCCUGCUGUCCUUUGUUCUGGGAGGUCAGGUGGUGGCACUUCAGCUGUGAGGGGUGACCAGAGGGUCAGCUUUGCCACACGUGCCCCGGCUUAUAGGCUCUCUUGCCUCCUUGAGUUCAGCCCUGGGUGCCCCUGCGGUGGGACAUCUCACGUCAGGGGGCCUGGAGCAGCUAGGGACGGGGAGGUCCAGGACCGGGCCCCCUCACCCCCACCCCGAGCUGGAGGAGGCGCCGGGCUCUUAAACAACAGUUGGGAGAAAUAUCUGGAGCAGAAAUGCAGGUGCCCAGUUUUGAAGGAAUGCUCUGGAGAGUCUGGAGCCUUCCAUGCUCCUCCGCGCCUUCACUGCUGUUUCUGCCUCCUGGCACGGGGCAGGGUGAGGCUGGGCCAGCAGCGGGACAGUAAACGUACUCUCCAUCGCAGGCGGGCGUCUCCACUGCCCCUGGUGCCCGGGCUGAGGAGCCGAGUUCCCCUUUCCGGUGUGCCCGCGGUGGGUGGGAGGCCCCGCUGCACUUCUGCGGAGACCCCUGCUGGGAACCGGUCUCGAGCAAACAUUCACAGACACUUCAGGUGGACUUGCCGUGCAGGGGUGACUCAGGCCAGCUCGCGGGCCGCAAGUGUAGAGCGAACACAGCGUGGUCCCCAGAGGUGAGACUUGUGUGCAGGACACUGAGCCGAGGACUUGGAGUGAGCUGUGGGGGCGUGGGGUCGGGGGGAACUUAGCAUCAUGUGGUCAGAGAACAGAGGCGGCCCCAGAGGCCAGGGCUUCUUCCGGCUGGGGGAGGCCUCUCCUUCACCCCAGCUAUUAUGGAACUUGGGAGAAGGGCUGGGGCCCUUGGCCACCCAGCAGGUUGAGCCCUGCACAGGGCAGUGUCCCUAGAUCUCAGGGAUGGAACUGGAGAAUGGGCAGGCAGGGAAGGGGCUCUCUGAUGCACCGUCUCUGUAGAUACUCCCCCCGUCCUCCGUGAGCUCCUCGGUGGUAGGGGCUCCCUGGCCAUCACCUGGGCUGUCUCCUUUCAUACCCAUCCUUCUGGGCAUUGAGGCUGGCCCACCUUUGUGUUGUGACCCUGGAGGGCUCCCAGGGGCCCACCUGAGCGAUGGUUGGGGUGGGGUGGCCACACUCCCUGGGAGUCCUGACGUGGAGAUGGAGCCCUGCACGUCUAGCCAGGGACCAGAGGCAGAGUGUCCUGGGGCGCUGUGUUCUUUCACCUGCUCGGGCCUGCCCGCGGGACGUGUAAGGUGCAGAGUCCUGGGCCGUGACCCAGACCUUCACACAGCUGCACGGGGAGCUCCUGGCAGUUCUCACUGUAGGGAGGGAAGAACCACUCCUGGGUUUCCGAAGCCUUUGGAGUCCAGGAUAUAGAACAAAAAGCAUUAGUGUGUUGGGUGCUCGUGUCUGAAACUUGCACCAUUGCCCCAGGACUCAGGGGGUACCAGGUAAUGGAACAGCCUCCUCUCCUGCAGGGCUGUGGGCGGCCUGGACAGCAAGCAUGGUGCCCUCCGGCCAGGUGGCGGAGAAGCAGGAGCCCCCGGAGCUUGGGCGGCACCCUGAGCUCAAAUCCUGGAGGUGCCUGGUGUUCUACCUGUGUUUCUAUGGCUUCAUGGCACAGAUGCGGCCCGGGGAGAGCUUCAUCACCCCCUACCUCCUGGGCACCGAUAAGAACUUCACGCAGGAGCAGGUCACCAACGAGAUCACGCCGGUGCUGUCCUACUCCUACCUGGCGGUGCUGGUGCCCGUCUUCCUGCUCACCGACUACCUGCGCUACAAGCCGGUGCUGGUGCUGCAGGGCCUGAGCUACAUCUCCGUGUGGCUGCUGCUGCUGCUGGGCGACUCCGUGCUGCACAUGCAGUUCAUGGAGCUCUUCUACAGCCUCACCAUGGCCGCCCGCAUCGCCUACUCCUCCUACGUCUUCUCGCUCGUGUGCCCGGCCCGCUACCAGCGCAUGGCCGGCUACUCGCGCACGGCCGUGCUGCUGGGCGUCUUCGCCAGCUCCGUGCUGGGCCAGCUGCUGGUCACCGUGGGCCGGGUCCCCUUCUCCACGGUCAACUACAUCUCCCUGGGCUUCCUCACCUUCAGCCUGGUCCUCGCCCUCUUCCUGAAGCGCCCCAAGCGCAGCCUCUUCUUCAACCGCGCCGCCCCCGCGCGCCACGGGGCCUCGCCCUCCGAGCUGGACCGCAUGAACCCGGCCCCCUCCCAGCCCGCGGACGCCAAGCCGGGCCCGGCGCCGCUGGGGGCCUGGCGGGACUGGACCCUGGUGCGCAUGCUCCGGGAGCUGGGGGACCACCUGCGGCUGCCGCAGCUGCGCCUCUGGUCCCUCUGGUGGGUCUUCAACUCGGCCGCCUACUACCUGAUCGUCUACUACGUGCACAUCCUGUGGAACGUGGUCCACCCCACCACGGACGCCUCCUCCGUCUACAACGGGGGGGCGGACGCCGCGUCCACCCUGCUCGGUGCCAUCACCUCCUUCUCCGCGGGCUUCGUGAAGAUCCGCUGGGCGCUGUGGGCGAAGCUGGUCAUCGCGGGCGUGACGGCAGUGCAGGCUGCGUUGGUCUUCCUCAUGUACAGCACGAGCAGCAUCUGGCUGUGCUACGUGGCCUUUGUGCUCUUCCGUGGCGCCUACCAGUUCCUGGUGCCCAUCGCCACAGCUCUGUGCCCUGGUGUUCGGAGUCAACACAUUCUUCGCCACCAUCCUCAAGACCAUCGUCAUCCUCAUCGUUGCCGACAAGCGGUGUCUGGGCCUCCCGGUGCGCUCGCAGUUCCUCGUCUACUUUGUGUACUUCCUAGUGCUGUUCAUUGUCUACCUCUCGGCGGCCAUGCUGGUGAUCCUGCGGCACCUCCGGGAAGGCCGCCACCCACCCCCAGCCCUGCCCCCGCCCCAGGAGGAGAAGGCCGAGCAGGUGCUGAGCCUGCAGGACAGAGGCCUCAGUGGCCCGAAGCCGGAAGUCCCCCCGCCGGCCCUGGAGGACAGCGUGUGGACGGCAGGGUUGGCCUCUCGGGAACAGAACCAGCAGCCCGAGGCCAAAGCCUGACCCAGCCCGGCCUAGCGGGAGGCCAGGCUCCUCUGGCACCGGAGGCAGCCCGUGCACCGUGCUCUACGUCAUGGGGCCUCGAUGUCUCAGAAGGGAUGUCUCUUCGCAGCUGGCCCAGGACCCGGGUUCCGGCACGGUCCACAUUCUAGUGUUCGCAUUGUGGAGCCAGGGACUGACGGGGACCCUAGGUGGGAUAUCCCUGUGACCCACACCCCGAGGGCUUGUCUGGCGAUGGCCCUGAGUACUGGUUCUCGUCCCCAUCCCGCUGCCUGCUGGGGCAGUGCGGGCUGGCUUGCUGUCCCCGUGGCGGGGAGGGGGGUCUCAUGUGCCCACCAGGCCACUCUGCCUUCACCCCACCCCCCACAAGAGGCAGGUCCUGCUUGUUCCUGGGGACCAGUGAGGGGGCCAAGAUGCCAGCCUCAGGGACUCAGUCCCCCACAGGGUAUCCUGUGCCCUGCAGGGCCAGGCCGGGAUCCCUGAUUCCCGUAGCCUGUGGCUAAACUUGGUAAGGCCAGUUGUCCAGGUACUUGCUUUAGACUAUGUCCCUUUCCUAAAGAAAGUUGACCCAAAUGAGAAGCCUCAGUGGGCUUCUCUUUCCGGGUGAGACGCCAGGCAUUGGCCGCUGGCAGACAUUUGCCCGUCAGGUGGAAGCAGGGAUGCAGGGGCCCUGGAGCCCCGCUUCCCCAGCGGGCUAACCCUGACCUACCUCACUGGUGACUGCGGACCGCUUGGGGUCACUCGCCCACGUGCCGGCCCACACGGGACCCACCCUGAGCACACCGCCUCAGAUGCAAGACCGUCGGCUCUCCCCAAAAUCAAACCCCACACGUGGAGGGGCUCCUGGUUUUGUACUAACCUGGCGUGGGUGGGGGCGGCUGGUCAGGAGGCCAAGAAGAGGGCCCCGGCCCCAGGCAGGAACCCAAACCAGGCCCCCACGGCCUCGAGCUGAGCACAGCCCCCUCCUACAGCCCUGUCUUGAGAAGCGCCCACGCCCCGCGGGAAGGGAAGGCCAGCUGCUCGGAGCCAGCUUGGUGCAGAGAGGUUGGAGCAGCCCUCCUGGAGAGGAGCUGCCUGCACCCAGGGAUCCCUGAGGUCCGCUUGUUGGGGGCAGGGUGUCUCAGGAGGCUGCCCUGAGGCUGCAGGAGGAUGCUGGGGGGCGGGGCAUCCACAGGGGGCCUCCCCGCUGACUCCCCACCCCACCCACCCCAUGCCCCAGGGACCCCGUGGGGAGGGGCAGUGCUCUUCCCCUUCCAUGCUCAGGGAUCCUGCGGGACUUGGCGGGUGGAGGGCGGUGCCUCUCCCCUCUGGUCACUGACCUCAUGAUGCAGGCCUUUGCUUUUGCCCCCACCCUGACCUGCGAAUGCUCCCAUCGGUGGGUGGCCCAGCCACCUGGCCCCAUGGUGGGUUCCGCGUGCUGCAGCAGCUCUGGGGAGAACAUGGGUGCUGGGUCUACACCCCGGCUUGCCUGUGCGGACUGCCGGCCGUCCCCAGGGACGCUCCGGAGACAAGGUUUAGGGCACCAGCAUCCCCGUGCACGUGUGUGCAUCUGACAUCCGUGUACAUCUAGCCACGCCCACCUGUGCCCCUUCAGCGGGACCCACCAGCAGGACAAAGACCCCCACGGUCUGUCUCACGAUAACGAAGGCUGCUUCCAAACUGAGUGUCCGUGCAAAACGCUGUUUUUAUUUGGAGCCUGUUUGGAAACCACAUUACACAGUUAGCAGGACCGGCUGCCGUGGUUUACAGGGCAGUGUUGAGACAGCAGACCUGAAGCGCUUGGCUCCGUGCCCACGACCCAGCACAGCCACCAGGGGGGAGGGACCCUGGGGGUGCCCCCAGAAUGCCCCCUUCAGAGUGCUUUGUCUACACAGCCUCGGGUCCCAGGGCUCGGCAAGGCCGGUCUCAGGUGAGCCGUGUCCUGGCUGAGGACAGGUGUCACGAUCCUGUUUGCCCCUGUGCCUUGUUUUAAGUAAGCUUCGUGCCCAGUGUGGAGCCCAACAUGGGGCUUGAACCCACAAACCAUGAGAUCAUGAUCUGAGCUGAGAUUGAGUCGGACACUUAACCAACCGAGCCACCCAGGCACCCCUUUCCUCUGUGGUUUUUUGAACUCUGUGUCCCAUGAAGAUAAACCUGGGGCCCUGGACUCAGCAGGCAGGAGUUCUGGCCGGGCACCUGGGAGUGGGAGUAGGUUUGGGCCCAGUUGGGUUCCGGGAUGUGCUCCUGGGCAAGGCUAGGGAAGCCUCUGCUCUGGGAAUCCUUGCCUCAGCAAAGGGGUUUUGGACCUGGGCGGGGCCCGGGGACAGGACACUGCCAUCCCUGGGUUGUGGGCCCCUCAACUCCUAGCCUGGGGGCGUCUGGCUGGCUCAGUCAGAACUUUUGAUGUCAGGGUUGUGAGUUUGAGCCCCACGCUGGGGGUAGAGAUUAAAAAUCUCCCCGCAGGGCCUUGGCUGGAUUGAGCUCCACGUGGGAAGCCGGUGUGGGACAGAACUGAAGACGCACCUGCCCCGUGUGCAGGCUGGCUCCCAGCCACCAGCACAAGGUGGUGUUGGGGUAAAGGCCAUAGCCUGGGGGCAGCAGUGGCCCCUGAGUUUGGGGCUGGCUCUAGCCCGGAGGUGGCUGCGGGAGGCCAAGGAGAAAUGGCCCCACUCUGUGCCCUUGGCCUGAGCUGCCCCAGCAGCUCACAGCUGGGGACCGAGGCCCCACCCGGCCCCCGCCAGGCCCUCCGGCACACACACCUCCCCAAGUCAGUAUGUUCCUUUGCCUCGGGGGGGGGGGGUCUCCCUCCUGUUCUGAUUGGGGUGAAAGAGGAAGGGGGCAGGGCCUUGUGCGAGGUGGGGAGGGGCAAGAGAAAGUCUGGGCACCAGGUUUUGUUUUAAACUUUUUAAAAAAUACACUCUUUGGUUUCCUUUUAUUUCUUGGGGGUUACAUGAAACGUGAACCACAGAACCAUACAGGAGAGUGCCAGCCAGGUCCCACCCUGGGGGCGGGCAGGGGCAGACACUCCUUAAGGGCGGCUUCCCUGCUCCCCUGCUGCUGGCCUCCCGGCCUGGCCAUCUGACUGUCCAUCUGCCUGUCUGAGCCGGCAGAGCCCCUACUUGGAGGAGGAGGUCAUGAA